CCCAGUACACUGGACGAGGGCUUUAUUCAACCACAAAAAUAAAGUUACUGUUGCUCUCGUAGGAACGAAAACGACAUGGUAUGCAUCGCAUUUUCUAUCGCUGAUUACUUGUAGAUAACGAUUUAUACAUUUGGACAGACUACCCGGAAACAUUUAAUGCGACACUGGGGAUUAACGGCUGCAGUCAAUGUACGGAUCCCAUCUCAUUGUUUACAUUUCGAAACGGUAUGAUUCCUGUGUUUUUGAAGCUGUCACUAAAAACAGACCAAACACAAGUCCGCAGUGAUAUCAAAGAAUGCUAACUCGAUGAGAAAUUAAUCUCCCUGGAACAGUAACACCCCGAAAAGCGGCGAGCUAGCCUUGUGUGCUAACUAUCCCAGCUCCAUCUUUACAGUAUCGCCCGAUGCUCAAGAGAUGACAAGUUAGUAUUUAUCUUACGAUUGGCUUUCCUUCUGCCUGGACCUGAAGGACAACCAAAUGAUUGAGGAGGUAUAGCGGUAGGUGAGCCUGAAGGCCAGAGAGAAGCUUUACUUGAAGAAUUUCACAGGGUGCACAAUGUUCAGUGUACCUCAAAGCUCCAAGUCCGAAUUCCUGGACAAAGCCAGACAGGCCAGGGAGGAAAGGAAAGGACUAAAAGAGAAGGAGAGAGCAGCAAUCCUCAUUCAAGCCCUGGUCAGAAGAUUUCUCUGUCGCUGUAGGCUACAAAAGCAGUUAAGGAAAGAGGUUGAUGACUUUUUCCAAGCUUCUGAAACUGGGUCAUCAAAAAGAAAUGCACUCUCAAUUUUCAAAAUUGCUCGGAAACUACUAUUCAUAUAUGGUCCAGAGGAUAAGCUGAGGUUUGAGAAGCUCUGCCGUGCAAUUCUUGCCGGCAUGGAGGCUGAAAAUGAACCGAAAGUCUGGUAUGUUUCCUUGGCUCUCUCCAAAGAUCUCACCAUUCCCUGGCUCAAACAGAUAAAAGAUGUGCUGUGGACCUGCUGUCAACACAUUAAAAAUCUUAAGCCUGACAUACUUCAGGACAAUAAACUGGUAACAUUAUAUCUCACCAUGCUGGUGACCUUCACAGACACUUCAACUUGGCGGAUAGUCAGAGGGAAGGGAGAAGCCCUGAGACCUGCUUUAACAAGAAUUUGUGAAAAUAUAAUGGGCCACCUCAAUCAAAAGGGCUUCUAUUCAGUACUGCAGAUUUUGCUAACCAAUGGCUUGGCUCGUUCUAAACCAUCUCUUUCUAAAGGAACUCUGACAGCUGUAUUUACUUUGUCAUUAAGGCCGGUCGUUGCUGCUCAUUUCUCUGAUAACUUGCUGCGAUCAUUCCUCAUUCACAUCAUGUCGGUUCCCGCUGUCAUAUCCCACCUCAGUGUACUCACACCAGAGUGUAUGGCGUCCAUUCAGACGCAUGACCUGCUGCGGAAGUUCAUUCUUUUUCUCAGCAGAGAGGAGCAGUGCUUGGACAUCUGUGUGUGUCUUGAGGGGAGUCACACACUCUGCUUGCUUGGGAACUUGAUUCACCUGGGCUACCUUAAUGAGAAAGUCCUGGAAGAAGAGGCCAAUCAUUUUGUGAAGGACUUGACUGACAUGCUGUCUUACUGCCAGAGAUAUGUGUCCCAGAAGAAGUCCAACCUCACCCACUGGCACCCUGUCCUGGGCUGGUUCUCCCAAACUGUAGACUAUGGUCUUAAUGAAUCAAUGCCGCUGGUGACCAAACAGCUUCAGUACCUAUGGGGUGUUUCUGUCAUCCGGACGCUCUUCAGCGACGUACUCUCUAAAAAGCUAGAGAGUCAGGAGCCCACUCCUCCACCUCCGCAGCCCAGCACAUCACAGAACAAUCUACCAGUUAAAAACCUCUUUAAACGAGCGUUUCAGAAGUCGGCUUCUGUGCGAAACAUCCUGAAACCAGUCGGAGGCAAACGAGUCGACUCGGCUGAAGUUCAGAAGGUUUGCAGCAUUUGUGUGCUCUACCAGACUGCUCUAUCCACACUAACACAAAUACGGCUCCAGAUUCUCACAGGCCUGACACACCUUGACGACCUUUUGCCCAAACUUUGGGCCUUCAUCUGUGAGUUGGGCCCUCAGGGGGGCCUCAAACUCUUCAUGGAGUGCCUGAACAAUGACACUGAAGAGUCCAAGCAGCUGCUGUCCAUGCUCAUGCUAUUCUGCGACUGCUCACGACACCUCAUCACGAUUCUGGAUGACAUUGAAGUCUACGAAGAACAAACAUCUUUCAAGAUAGAAGAACUCAUCACCAUCUCCUCAUUUCUGAACACAUUUGUGUACAAGAUGAUCUGGGAUGGCAUCUUGGAAAAUGCAAAGGGAGAGAAGCUGGAAUUAUUUCACAGUGUUCAUGGCUGGUUGAUGGUGCUUUAUGAGCGUGACUGCAGGCGAAGAUUCACUCCUGAUGAGCACUGGCUGCGCAAGGACCUGAAGCCUAGCCUGUUGUUCCAAGAGCUUGAGAAAGGCAAGAAGAGGGCUCAGCUUUUACUGCAGUACAUCCCACAUGUGAUUCCACAUAAAAACAGAGUGCUGCUGUUUAGAAACAUUGUCACAAAGGAGAAAGAAAGUUUAGGAUUGGUAGAGACAAGUUCUGCUUCACCACAUGUCACUCACAUUACAAUUCGGCGCUCGCGUAUGUUAGAGGAUGGAUAUGACCAGCUGCGCCGAUUACCUGUAAAUUCUAUUAAAGGUGUGAUUCGGGUGAAGUUUGUCAAUGAUCUGGGCGUGGACGAGGCUGGUAUUGACCAGGACGGUGUGUUCAAAGAGUUUUUAGAGGAAAUCAUUAAAAAAGUGUUCAAUCCUGCUCUAAACCUGUUCAAGACUACAAGUGGAAAUGAAAGGCUGUAUCCGUCACCUACAUCAUACAUCCACGAGAACCAUUUACAGCUGUUUGAGUUUGUGGGAAAAAUGCUUGGGAAAGCUGUUUACGAGGGCAUUGUUGUGGACGUCCCUUUCGCGUCCUUCUUCCUCAGUCAAGUCUUGGGUCAUCAUCACAGCACUUUCUACAGCUCAAUUGACGAGCUCCCGUCCCUGGACUCUGAGUUUUACAAGAACCUCACUUCCAUCAAGCGUUAUGAUGGAGAUGUAGGGGAUCUGGGACUUACGCUAUCCUAUGAUGAGGAUGUGAUGGGGCAGCUUGUUUGUCACGAGUUGAUACCUGGAGGGAAAACUAUGCCAGUCACCAAUGAAAACAAGAUCAGCUACAUCCACCUCAUGGCUCACUUCCGAAUGCACACGCAGAUUAAGGAGCAAACAGCAGCUUUCAUUCGGGGCUUUCGCAGCAUCAUAAACCCAGAGUGGCUGCACAUGUUUUCCACACCUGAGGUUCAGCGUCUUGUUUCUGGAGACAAUGCUGAGAUUGACCUGGAUGACCUCAAGAAACAUACCGUCUAUUAUGGAGGUUUUCACAGCAGCCAUCGUGUCAUCAUCUGGCUGUGGGAUAUCCUGUCCAGUGACUUCACUGCUGAAGAGAGGGCUAUGUUUCUUAAAUUUGUUACCAGCUGCUCGAGGCCGCCUCUUCUGGGUUUUGCCUACCUCAAACCACCAUUCUCCAUCCGCUGUGUGGAAGUUUCAGAUGAUCAGGACACUGGAGACACACUUGGCAGUGUCCUCAGAGGAUUCUUCACCAUCCGCAAGAAGGAACCAGGCGGACGACUGCCAACUUCAUCAACGUGUUUUAACCUGCUCAAGCUGCCCAACUACAGCAAAAAGAGCAUCUUGCGGGACAAGCUGCGCUACGCUAUCAGUAUGAACACAGGAUUUGAGCUUUCAUAACUGGGUCACAUCAGGACAAUCUACACUACAGGAGCGUUGUGUUCAGCAGCCUUACCCAAGCGAGAGGCUCAUCUGACUGGGACGACAGCCCGUCAGGGUCAAAGGAGGUGUCACCUGGACAAAAGAAGAAUCAUGAAGGAUCCAUAAAAUCUCCUUUUGCCCUUUUUUUAAAACUGGAUGAGCUCCUCUCCCUCAUAUCUAAGGGGGGUGCUGUCUCUACAGCACAAUCCAAUUUUUGGCAUCUCCCUUUGACACUCGCAAAACUUAAUAUGCUGUGUGUUUAACUUGAUGGAAUACAGUGGCUAGAUCUCUGUUUCUCAGGCCUAACAGAAUCACUCUCGGAUCUAUCACUCCCACUUUAAGCAAACUGGAAAGCAAUACAGAUGCAAUGCAAGCCAUUAGACACGUGGUCGACUCACUAGAGUGAAACCAGGCAAUGCUUUGAUAAUAAACUUACAAGCUUGGACUCCAUUAUCCAAGCAAAUUUUAGCCGAUAUUGGAUGAGUCUUAAAUGUUUUGCUGAACAUAAUGCAUCUUUUAUAAAUGGAAGACAAAUCAAUGUCUUGUGUUCAACCUCCAUGAAGGAGGAGUGACUCAUAACACUGAUCCAACAUUGAUUACAUUGUAUCCCAUUUAGGAGGAAACUCAUCUCGACCUCACUCGAUUUCUGUCCAUUAAAGACACUGCGGCCACAUGAGAGAGAUGUCAGCCCUCUGGCUUUUACAUCCCAGAUCUGACGCAUUUUGGGUGAGCAACAAAAUUUGUACUCACAAAAAAUCAGAUCUUGCUGGUUUAGAAAAGAUGUCCUUGCUGUAUAAUUUUACUAAACUGAAAGUGUUUUGUCAGUAUUUGUAUCUGCAAAGUAAUGCGGACAUGACCCAACAUUCAUCUGUGUUUGACCUCCACUCUAAAAAAAGAAGACUAAAGUGAAUCAUUGAUGUUAGUCUUUGUAUGUAAUUCUUGUAAAACUGAAGAUUUCUCUCUACACCUUUGAAUAACGCAGAGUGCCUCAUAUAAUG